UCUACCUCUCGCUCGCUCACGCGCGCGCGCGCGCGCGCGCGCUCCUCCUCCGUCCGUCUCGCUCGCACGCAUAUACGCACACUCUCUCUCGCUCGGUUCUCAGCGCGACUUCCUCAAAUCUUUAUUUCAGGCUCGACCGCGAACUCGGGGCGAACUGGUCGAAGCGCGCGCGACCGCCCCGGUUUUUUAACCGUCCUCACGGCAAGCUCACUACAAGCGGCUACCAUCGUCGCCGCCGUCGCCGUCGUCGUCGUCGUGCUGGUCGUGCAAUACGUCGUACAUACGCGCGACUGUGUGCGCCAGGGCAGCACCCGUCGCCGUCGGAGUCGCGGAGAGACGACGCGUGUCUAAAUUUGAAUACGCUCCGGUAGCGUAGAGGAGAAGCAGUGCCGUCCGCGCGUGUUACGCCGUCGGAGCGCCGUCUUCGCCAUCACCGUCGUGCUUGUCACGCGUGUAAAGUAUAUUUUAAGAAAGACGCUCGUUUCGCCGUGCAUCUCUAGUCAACGCAUCUAGUCCCCGCGAUCACGUCGCGGAUAAAAGCUAACCUAUCUCUCAACCGCGCGCGCGACACACGAACGGAGUGAGCGCGUGUACCGACGUACCGACGCACACACGACCUAAGAAUAUAUUCACCACGUUAUCAAUCGAGAUAAGUCCCCUAUAAAUAUUAUCGUGCGAGUGAUUCACGGCGAAGGUGAAGGAAGCGGAGGGAGAGAGAGAGAGAACGAACGAAGAGGAGGAAGAGGCAAGAACGAAGAAGGACUCGGACUUUGAUAAAAUUGGCAAACGUUUGCGGUUGAUUUUUCUCACUCGAUACGCACCGCGACGCAAAUCGUCGACUAGCGACGGUGAACAAGAUCGAAUCGUCGCCGACGGACCGCGAGCGGCGAGAAAGCAGAAGCGUCGCACGCGACACAUACAUACAUACAUACACGCGCGCGCGCGCGCAAUUCGUGCUUGCGAACGCGAGAGAGGAAGAGAGUAGUCCGGUUGGAGAGUGUGCCAAAGAGAGGAAAAAAAGAACCGCCGCGAGAGAGGAAGAAAGAGAGACGCAACACGACGAGAGAAAGAGAAGAGAUAGUCGUGAGUGUGCCUGUCUGUCGGUCUCGUUGAUUCCUCCGUUCGUUCGUCGUGGUUCGGUUCGGCGUGGUAUCGGUCAGCGACGACGCGAAUUGGUGUGCGAGAAUCAGCAUCCGGCAAGGAGAACGAGAAGGAGGAGUAGUAACGACAACAUCAGCAGCAGCAGCAGCAGCGGCAGCGGCAAGUUUUGUUUUGAUCGGCGAACGAUCGCGCCGUCUCACGAUCUUCGCCUCUCUUUCCCGUCUCUGCGUCGUGCAAGGCGCCCGCGGGGGUGCUUUAUCGCGGUGUGGGGGAGGAGAUAUCGAUCGCGCGCACGGGACCAUUGACGUCGUUCUGGAGAACGGCCGAACGUCGUGAGCGAGAAAGAGAAAAAAAAACAAAGAGGGACGAGACGCGACGACGACGACGACGAUACCUUUCGUUGUCGGCGACUCCCGCACGUUCUCCUACGCUAGCUAGUUGGCGGUGUGCGUUCACGUCGUCGUCGUCAUCCCGCGUCCUCGAGCGAGAUCGCGAUCGCGGCUCGGCGCGCCGCGUCGCGGCGCCGAGAUCCCGAGGAUCGCCCGCUCGCUUGCUUGCUUGCUUGCUCUCCUCGGCCUCGCUCUCGUUGACGCUCUCGCGGGGCAGAUCGAUCGAUACGCCGCGACUCAGCAGGGACUCGGCCGACCGACCUGACUCCCGCCGUCGACAUGCCUCGCUGAUGAUCCAGUAGGCUGCGAGAUCCGUGUUCUUAAUAUUCCAUCCAGUGUGAUUUCGAAGAUUUGCCUCUUAUUCAAGACGUGGUGCAACAAUGGGUCGAAAGAAGAUUCAGAUUUCACGUAUCACGGACGAACGGAAUCGUCAGGUGACCUUUAACAAACGGAAAUUUGGCGUGAUGAAGAAGGCGUACGAACUGUCGGUACUGUGCGACUGCGAGAUCGCGUUGAUUAUCUUCAGUUCGAGCAACAAGCUGUACCAGUAUGCGAGCACCGACAUGGACAAGGUUCUCCUCAAGUACACCGAGUACAACGAACCCCACGAGUCUCUCACUAACAAGAAUAUUAUCGAGAAGGAACAUAAGGGUGCCAUGUCUCCAGAGAGUCCGGAACCCGACGCAAUCGAAUAUAAUCUUACCCCGCGCACCGAGGCCAAAUAUACGAAGAUCGACGAGGAGUUUCAGAUGAUGAUGCAGAGGCAUCAGCACAAUGGCAGCAGGACAAUGGGACAAUCGAAUUAUACGCUACCGGUAUCUGUACCAGUGAACAGUUACGGCGAAUCUCUUCUUGGAUCUAGUCCACAGAUGGCACAUACUAGCAUUUCUCCACGUCCAUCGUCGUCUGAGACGGAUUCAGUAUAUCCUCCGGGAGGAAUGUUGGAAAUGAGCAAUGGCUAUCCUCCGUCAGCAUCACCAUUGGGUGGUUCACCUAGUCCAGGACCUUCGCCCGCACUCGGAGUUGGUGGGGGUAGUGCAAAUAAAGGCAGCAAUCCGUCUAGGCAUUCGCCGCAACCUCCGCCUCCACCGCCACCGCCUCAUCCUCACAGGGCUAAUCUUCGAGUGGUUAUACCAACACCACUUGCGCAACCUCUCUCCGAAGACACUAAUUAUGAUAAUGCCCAUACGCAGUCUGCAUUGAAUACACCUGUAGUAGCGUUACAAACACCAACAGUACCAGCCGGAUACUCUAGUUUUGGACCAACAGAUUACUCCUCGGAUCUCGGAGGCCUUGCAUGGCCCACUCAUCAGAGGUACGUUGUUGAUGAGUUAUAUUCGGCAGCCACCAUGUCCAGCAUCAGUGGUCUUCCUCACCUAGCUGUAUCGAGCAGUACACCACCACCAUCCACGUCGCCUUUACCUGUAAAGAUAAAGAGUGAACCGAUAAGUCCACCCAGAGAUCCGCACGGUAACAGUGGGUCUAAUGGUGGACCCAGUAACGCCAGCAAUCUACACCAUACAAACUUGAAUAUCGGUCCAUCGUCCAGUACCGGUCCACCGCCACAUCACGUGUCUCAUCCGGGACCUCAGACACUGAACUUGGUAUCGAGCAGACCGAGUAGUAAUCCACCUCCGUCCCACUCGGGUAGCAUAACACCGACAAAUCUACCCUCGCCAGGAAGUGGUGCAGUCGGUGAUAUCAGAACGAAUCAUUCUAGCGGUGGCGGGAAUGGAGGGAACAGUUCAGACUACGAGAACGGACCGCUCAUGAAACGCUCGAGAAUCACGGAAGGUUGGGCGACUUAAUGUCGAUUAAAUUGUUGCACUCAUCAGUUGUUUGAUACCUCCUCGACGUACAACGGCAUAUAAGUGCUUGUGAGUUCCAGUAUAAUUAAACAAACUCCUUUUAAACGUCUUUGAAACGCGUACUUCGUACUAUCGCGAUAACGAUAGCUACGUGAUGGAUACGCUUCCGCCGUAACUAGCGGAGUGGAAAAAUCUGUUUAUAUUUUGAAGCUGACACAGAAUAUACAUUUAUUUGAAGAAAAAAAAAAGAAAAUACG